AUGGCUUCAAUCACUGUGACCGGUGCCGCUGGGCGCCAGAUUCAAGUCCCAACGGGUCUCUUCAUCCACAACGAAUUCGUUCCUUCCACUACAUCCCUGGUCGUCGAGAAUCCUUCCACAGGCGAAUCCCUCGGAACCAUCUCUGCCGCGUCUCCCGAAGAUGUCAACAAGGCUGUCGAGUCCGCCACUAUUGGCUUCAACGUGUGGAAGAAUACCCCCGGCCCGGCCCGCGCGAAGCUCCUCUUGAAGUUGGCCGACCUAAUCGAGCGAGAUGCAGAUGACUUCGCUUCCCUCGAGGCCGUCGAUGCCGGUGUCCUGUAUACUGACAGUAAGGGCAUGAACAUCCCUCAGGCGGUUGGAAACCUCCGGUACUACGCCGGGUGGGCGGAUAAGAUCGACGGAAAGACUCUUGCCAUGGAGGGUGGCGUCGCCUUCACGUAUCGGGAGCCCUUGGGUGUCUGUGGAGCCAUUGUACCCUGGAAUGCGCCUUUGAUGAUCACUAUCUGGAAGCUAGCUCCGGCGCUUGCAGCUGGUAACUCGCUUAUCAUCAAACCGUCCGAAUUAUCUCCGCUCUACGCCCAGAAGCUUGCCCUGCUCAUCCAGGAGGCGGGAUUCCCCGCCGGUGUGGUCAACAUUAUUUCCGGUGACGGCGCAUCGGCCGGUAGGGCUUUGGCGGAGCACAUGACUGUGCGCAAGAUCUCGUUCACGGGAUCCAGCGCGACGGGCCGACAGAUUCUCAAGACUGCGGCGUCGACCAACCUCAAGCGCGUGAACCUCGAGCUCGGUGGUAAGGGUCCGUCGAUUGUUUUCGACGACUGUGAUUUGGAUAAUGCGGUCUUGUGGACCCGGAUCGGUAUUACGGCCAACAAUGGCCAGAUCUGUGCGGCUGGUUCGCGCAUCUACGUGCAGAAGAGUAUCUACGAGAAGUUCCUAGAGGCGUACACGAAGAUGGCCGAAGGGAGUCCGUCGGUCAUUGGUAACCCCCUUGACCCGGCUACGACGAAGGGGCCGAUCGUCAGCGCGGCACAGCACAACAAGAUCCUGUCGUAUAUUGAACAGGGUAAGCAGUGUGGGGCCCGACUCCUCUUCGGCGGCGAGAAGGUUGGCGAUAAGGGAUACUUUGUUGAGAACACCGCGUUUGCCGAUGUCUCUGAGAAUGCGACAAUCAUGAAGGAGGAGAUCUUCGGUCCGGUCGCGAGCAUCGCACCUUUCGAGACGGAAGCUGAGGUUAUCGCUAAAGCGAACGAUACCCUGCAUGGUCUUAGCGCGGCCGUUUUCACCAACGACAUCAGCCGUGCCCACCGUGUGACGGCCGCCCUCGAGUCUGGCCAAGUUACUGUGAAUGCCUGGGCGAUGCUUAGCCCCAACGCACCGUUCGGCGGUGUCAAGGAGAGCGGCUUCGGGCGGGACAUGGGUGAGGAGGCCCUGGAGGGAUGGACAUCCGUCAAGAGCGUCAAGUAUGCCAUUUUGCCCCCCAAGCUGUAG